AUGUCUUAUAUCCCUGGGCAACCACUGACUGCUGUCGUGCAAAGGAUUGAGAUUCAGAAGUUGCGACAUGGCGACAAUCUCAUCCUUGGAUUCAGCAUCGGGGGAGGAAUCGAUCAGGAUCCUGGGCAGAAUCCCUUUUCAGAGGACAAGAGUGACAAAGGCAUCUAUGUGACACGAAUCACGCCAAACGGACCAGCAGACACAGCUGGUUUGAUGAUGGGAGACAAAAUUAUGCAGGUAAACGGCUGGGACAUGACCAUGGUCACCCACGACCAGGCCCGGAAAAGGCUGACAAAGAAGAAAGAGGAUGUGGUACGCCUCUUGGUCACCAGAAAGUCAUUGGAGGACGCUGUAAAAAAUUCAAUGGGAGGGCACCACGCCCGGAAACUCUGA